AUGAAGGGUUUUAAAAAACGCACAGAAGAAAGUUUUUUCAGAGAUUAUUUUAUGUUUAAUUAUAUUACAGUUAUUUCUAUAUUUUCUAUUAUUCUUUUUUUAUAUGGAUUUUUUCCAAUUAAUUAUAAUAAAUAUGACAUUGCUACAAAGAGAAACAUUCCUAAGUUCGUUGAUCGUACAAGAAUUAAAUUGGAUGAUGUUUAUAAACCUGUUAUUAAGAAACUUAUAAUAAUGGUUAUUGAUGCUUUUAGAUGGGAUUUUAUUUCUGGGCAUAAUAGUAAUGAAACUAUGCCCAUUACACACACUCUUUUAAAAAAUAAAACAGGUUGUAUGUAUAAAACAAAAGUCAAUAUACCAACAGUUACCAUGCCAAGAAUAAAAGCAAUGAUGACAGGAUCAAUACCAAAUUUUAUAGAUAUUGUUUUAAAUUUAGGAGCUAAUGAAAUAACAACUGACAAUAUCUUAUUGCAAAUUAAAAAUCAAGGACAUAAUAUAGUUUUUUAUGGUGAUGAUACAUGGGUAAAACUUUUUCCAAGUAUGUUUCAUCGGUACGAAGGCACAAAUUCCUUUUAUGUAAAUGAUUUUACUGAAGUAGAUAGUAAUGUUACCAGAAACAUGGUAAUGGAGUUAAAUAAAAAUGAUUGGUCAAUAAUGAUUUUACAUUACUUAGGACUUGAUCACAUUGGUCACAUAUCUAAUCCCUUUAGUUCCUUAAUUAAACCAAAACUUCAAGAAAUGGAUGAAAUUAUUGGUACUAUUCAAUCAUAUGUAACAAAAUCGAACAAAAAGAAUGAGCCAACUUUAUUCUUAGUGUCUGGGGAUCAUGGAAUGAAGGAUUCUGGAGGACAUGGUGGGUCAACUUAUGAAGAGACCCACGUGCCUUUGUUAGCAUUUGGUAAAUCUUGUAAGGAACCAAAAAAUCAAAAUGCAGAAAUUGCUCAAAUAGAUAUUGUACCAACAGUGUCAGUAUUAUUAGGAAUUCCAAUGCCUUCCACAAAUUUAGGAACUGUUAUAUUAGAUUUAAUGGAUGAUUUCUCUUUAUCUCAAAAAUUGUUCAUCUUACAUUAUAACGCUGUACAGUUAUUUCUUCAUUAUAAAAAGAUCGAUGACUAUCAGUAUACUAGAGCCAAUGAAAAUUAUGAAAAUGCUGUAAAACUUCAUGCAGCAUGGCUGAACACAAAUAGUCAUCCAAACGAAAUGGUACACGACAUCAUUAUGAUGUAUGAAUCAGCUAUUAUUAAAAUGAAAAAUAAGCUUACUAGUAGUUUAUCAAAGCAUGAUGUUCGAGCAAUGACUUUAGCCACAGUAUUUUUGAGUCACAUUUUGUAUAUAAGCAUGUGUACAGAAAGGUCAACGUCCACUUUGUAUAGGCCGUUUCUCACUGUUUUUGUUACUAGUUAUAUUAUCUGGAUGUUCUUAAAUCAAUUAUUUAAUUCAGAAAUUGAGACUAUUUUGUUUUCCCAAAAACUAGAUUCACAUUUUGUAUUUGUUACCAUACCUAUUUUUGGAAUAUUGAUAUUAAAUUGCUAUUUAUGUGCGAUUCAUACCUUGCCUAGUUUUAAGGAUUCAACAGUUCUUCAAAUUUUGUUAACUACUGGUACUUUAGUACAUACAUUAAGUUUAAGCAGUAGUAGUUUCGUCGAAGAAGAACAUCAAACUUGGUAUUUUUAUUGGAUUACAAUAAUCAUAUUUUUUACUUAUGAUAGUUUAAGAAAUUAUACUCAUAAAACAUCAUUAAAGUUACUUAUGUUAUUGCUAUUGUUGUUGAUUAGUCACAGAAUACUAAGAAUACUCAAUAGUACUGGUGAUAAAUACGCACAUUUACCUGAUAUAUCAGGAUGGCUUCGUGAUCAAGAUUCAAAUAUUGGGAUGACUGUAAUUCUUAUUUUUGGUCUUACCUCACUAGUCUAUUUAGACUUUAUUUACGAAGACAUUGUAUAUAAAUCUAUUACAUUUAUUUUAGAUUUGUGUAUUGUAAUUUUAAUAUAUUUACGACACGCUGUAAGUAAUGUAGUGCACAAGCCAAGCUUUUAUUUUAAUUCCCGAGGAAUUGCCGAGAUUAACUAUUUAUGGGCUUUCACUUCGAUUUAUCUUCUUCAUAGUAUUUAUCGAUUAACAAUUACCGUCCGAUGCAAUAAAAACAAAUUUCUAUCACUUUCAUUGUUUUUAAUUUUAAAGAAAUGGAUUAUAAUUUCUUGUAUAUUACAUCGCCCUUACAACGUAAUUUUACUACCAAUGCAAUUAAUGGUUGGCAUAACAAUAUAUUAUUUAACAAAACAUAAAAAAAAUUUUGAUAUAAAAAUAUAUCUUUAUCUGUGGUCAAGCAAAGUAUUUUUUUUUUAUCAAGGCAACUCAAAUAGCUUAGCAACUAUUGAUGUAGCAGCUGGUUACAUUGGACUUCAAUCAUAUCAACCAGUAAUUACUGGUCUCUUUUUAAUUAUCAAUACAUAUUCUGCAGAAAUUUUAGGUUUUAUUCUGUAUUUAUAUGAUAAUUCACUUCAGUAUUGUUAUCCAUCAUCUAUCAUGUUAUCGUUAUGCAAAAAAUAUGCGUUUUGGAGACUUUUACCAAUGACUUUUUAUACAAUCAUAAUAAAUUUUCAUAAACAUCACCUUUUUAUUUGGAGUGUAUUUGCUCCAAAACUACUGUAUGAAGCUAUGCACUGUGCAGUAUUAUUGUCCUUGAUGUUUCUUUUACAAUUAAAGUUUGUUUUAUAUGAUUUGAUAAAGUUGCAAUAA